GUCCCCGCAGGGAAACCAUGCCGAAACCCCGGAAGAGGCUCGCCGGGGCUGCUGGGCCUGCCGGGCCAGACAAUAAGGGGCCAGCAGGAAAACGUACCAAGACUAAGAACCCAGUAGGGACAUCAGCUACAUUGGGUAACUCCAGCCCUGAGAAGACUUCAGCCUCUAAAAGCUGUGGGAAGAAUCUAAGCAGUUACUGGCUGAUGAAGUCUGAGCCAGAAAGCCGACUAGAGAAAGGUGUAGAUGUGAAGUUCAGCAUUGAGGAUCUUAAAGCACAGCCCAAGCAGACAGCAUGCUGGGAUGGUGUUCGCAACUACCAGGCCCGGAACUUCCUGCGAGCCAUGCAGCUGGGGCAAGAAGCGUUCUUCUACCAUAGCAACUGCAAAGAGCCAGGCAUCGCAGGACUUGUGAAGAUUGUGAAGGAGGCUUACCCAGACCACAUACAGUUUGAGAAAAACAAUCCCCAUUAUGACCCAUCCAGCAAAGAAGACAACCCCAAAUGGUCCAUGGUGGAUGUACAGUUUGUUCAGAUGAUGAAGCGUUACAUCACCCUGGCUGAGCUCAAAACCCAUUACCAAGCUCACAAAACCACUGGAGGCCCCUUAAAAAAUAUGGCUCUCUUCACUCGCCAGAGACUCUCAAUUCAGCCCCUGACUCGAGAGGAGUUUGAUUUUAUUUUGAGCCUGGAAGAAAAGGAGCCAAGUUAACUGGGACACUGUUGCUGGAAUGGGCAAGCCAUUACUCCAAAGAAGUCAAGCUUUUAUAAGACAAACGAAGGUGUGUGGCACCUUGCGUGGUUUUCAUGUACCUUUUCCAAU